CCGUUGCAAAAUAAUUAACGAUUGCACUUCAACGAAAACGUUAUCAAAAGUACAUUAAUCGCAACAUCAGUUCACAUUAACUCGUAGUCGUGCACGUAAAAAGUCGAUGAUUCGUACGAACCGGCCGGGAAACAAACACUCGUGGAUAUUGAGUUAUUCCAUACUACUAUAAUCACACGGAAGCUCUCCUACUAAACAUUUUUUUUUUCGUGCUUCUCACGUUGUGCUAUAGUUCGUACUUGUGAAAUUUCGGUCAAAUUUAUUAAUAUUAUUUAUUUCUCCGUGUAACACACAUUCCUUUUACCGCGAAGACAACUGAUCGUAUUUAACUCGGUUUUCGAAUAAUUAAAGUUGCUUAUUUCACAUCCGGUGUACAUAAUUGAUUCGCGAAUCGCUACAACAAGUUUUCGCGAUAAUGUCUUCGCCCCACGUUGACGACGGUGUGUCGGACAUCGUGGACGACGUUUACACUAUAAGUUUUUGGGCCAAGAUAUUGGUGAACUGUGGUCUCGUGGCCCUCAUCACGUUUCUCCUGAUGAAAAUAUAUAAGAAACGCAAUGAGCCUCAAGAAGAAGAAUUGGAGGACAUAGUGCUGCCAAAAAUGAAAAAGCGAGAUUUCACCAUCCAGGAGUUACGGGAGUUUGAUGGUACCAAGGGUGAUGGGCGUAUUUUAGUCGCAGUCAAUGGCAAAGUGUUUGAUGUGACCAAAGGGAAACACUUCUAUGGACCUGGAGGUGUAUAUUCUACAUUCGGUGGACAUGACGCUUCAAGAGGGCUAGCUACAUUUUCUGUUAGUGGUAAAGAUGAAUAUGAUGACUUGAGUGAUUUGAACUCAUUGGAACUUGAGUCUAUGUUGGAAUGGGAGACUCAGUUUAUGGAGAAAUACGAUUAUGUUGGACGUCUUUUAAAACCAGGAGAAUCUCACAGCUAUUAUACAGACGAAGAAGAAACUCCUACAAAUAAACUUCAUUUGGAAAAUCCAAAACAAUGUGAAUCUGAAAAACCUAAAACUGAAACUGCAGACCAACCUUUAGAUAAUAGUAAUGAAAAACAAGAUGAAACCAAAUCUUCAAAUGGUUUAGUCAAACAAGAUGAUAAUCAAACGCUUCAGAAAUAGUACAAAUUAUUCAAAUUAACAUCCCAGUAUUUUUUUCAACUAUGGGGGACUGAAGAGUUACAUUUGUAACGGUGAUGGGAUUCAUAAUAUACUAUAAUGGUGUUAAAGUCUUUUGUAUUUGUACUUAAUUAUAUGACUGAAUUCAUUUGUUUUUGAAUCAUAAUUGUUUUCUUUUUUGGAUCUUCAUAAUACGAAGAAAAAUGAAGGCAAAAAUCAAUAAAUAUUCAAUAUCUUUUAA